GCAUCAGGGUUAUGUUUAUACCUACAGAGUAUCCAGGACAGAAACUGGAUCCUGGAGUGCUGAGACAGCGCCCGGGGUCCACCGGCGGCUCUUUCGGAAAGUGCACAACCUCAUUUCAGCCUUCCAGAAACCCGACCAAGGCAUCAUAACGCCCCUGCAGUACCCAGUCAUCAACCAGGCGAAAGCCAAAUACUCCCCAGGGAGAAACGACGGCCAUGACUUCCACCUGCAGCCAUCAUGA